AUGCCACCCAAAGCACCCCUCAAUUGGGGUCUCUUACCACCAUCCUUUCUUCUUCCUUCAUCAGCGCGCUCCGUCCUCCAGCAAAAUGCGCAUCAAAUAUCCUCAAGACCCGCCAUCGCAUACACAUCGAUCCGAACCAUAAAAUCCACUUUCACGCCCAAACCCGACCGCUUCGCACAUCAUCCCGCCCGAGAAGCCCUCACCAGCACAUCUACCGCAGCGCUCGAGCGAAAAGCCCACAGCACACCCCUGCGAACGGGUCUUCUCGCCCUCAAGAAGGGCAUGACAUCCAUCUACGACCCCGAAACAGGGAAGCGCACAGCAUGCACCGUUCUACAACUUGACCGUAAUGAAGUGGUUGCGCACAAACGGAGAGACCAAAAUGGAUACUGGGCGGUGCAGAUCGGUGCUGGACAAAAAGAAGCGCGGAAUGUCAGCAGGCCCAUGCUGGGACAUUUUGCGGGUGCGGGCGUGAGUCCUAAGAGGUGGGUUGUUGAAUUCAAGGUUAGGGACGAGGCAGGGCUGGGCGUUGGCAUCGGGGAGAUGGUUGGCGCGGGGUGGUUCACAAAGGGACAAUGGGUGGAUGUCAAGGCGAUAAGCAGGGGAAUGGGAUUCGCUGGUGGUAUGAAACGACACGGAUUCGGCGGUCAACCAGCAUCCCACGGUCAAUCGCUCAUGCAUCGUGGUAUGGGUUCAGCCGGAGGUUCCCAAGGUUCAGGUUCUCGUGUGCUACCUGGCAAGCGUAUGCCGGGAAACAUGGGCAAUGAGAGCGUGACUGUCAAGAACUUGAGGGUGUUACAGAUCGACGAGCAGAAUGGCAUUGUUGUUGUCAAUGGCUGCGUACCAGGACCGAAGAACCAGAUUAUCCGCGUUCAAGAUGCGAGGGGGAAGCCGUGGCCUACGGGGCCCAUGUCAACCGCAGAACUGAAGCCAACAGAGGUUCUGGCCGAGGCGGGCGUUCCUGAUGCUACCGAGGCGACAGCCAGUGCAUAG